AUGCCACCACCCGUCGGUCGUUACGGUCUCAACACCACCCCCAAUCCGGCAACUCUCCUCCCCCCUUCGCUGGGUGGCCACCCCGGCUUCGCGGGUAAUCCGAACACGAACAUGAAUCCGUUCACACUUUCUGGCGCUGGCGUAGCAAACGGCAUGUCUGUUGCAGGCUUUGCUGGCGCUGGCGCAGAUGGCGGGGGUACCGGCCUGGCAAGCCAUGCAGCACAGAUGGGGUUUGCGCGGGGCGCACAAAUGCAGCAACAACAGCUUCACCAAGGACACGAUGGACGUCUGGCACUCGACUCUAAAGCAGGUGCCGUCAAAUCGCGGAUCCGAGAUGUGUGGAAACACAAUUUGGCGCAUGAAAUGGCUGUGUUGCGAUCCCUGGUGGAUAAAUACCCUUACAUCAGCAUGGAUACGGAGUUCCCGGGAAUCGUCGCCCGUCCGAUUGGCCAGUUCACGAACAAAGCUGACUACCACUACCAAACUCUACGCUGCAACGUCGAUCUGCUGAAGAUGAUUCAACUCGGCAUCACUUUGUUCAACGAGAAUGGAGAAGUCCCCCCGAUCUCCGGAACCGACGCCAACGGACAGCCCUACGGAAUCCCCGCUCCCUGCACAUGGCAGUUCAACUUUCGCUUCUCGUUGGAAGCCGACAUGUACGCUCAAGACUCAACCACCAUGCUUGCCAAAUCCGGCAUUGAUUUCAACAUGCACGAGAAGAACGGUAUCGACCCAUUCGAAUUCGGCUCUCUAUUGAUCAGCUCCGGCUUGGUGCUCUUGGACGAUGUACACUGGGUUUCGUUCCACUCGGGUUAUGAUUUCGGAUACUUGAUGAAGAUCAUGCUCUGCACCUCGUUGCCCGAAAACGAGGAAUACUUCCACAAGCUCCUGACCAUCUUUUUCCCUUCGCUCUACGACAUCAAAUACCUCAUGAAGCACGCCGGCCGCAAUGGCGCUGUCAAUGACAGCCCUCUUACUCCCCAGGCCAUGACGAUCAUCCAGUCCCUCGGACAAAAGUCCGGUCUGCAGGACAUUGCAGACGAACUCGGCGUUAAGCGCGUUGGCAUCGCUCACCAGGCGGGCUCCGAUUCUCUUGUCACUGGUGAAAUUUACUGGAAGAUGCGCCAGCUCGUUUUCAACGGCAAGAUCCAGGCCGACAAGUACUCGGGCCAGAUCUGGGGCCUGAACGGACAGAUGCCUGCUCUUAGCCACCCAAUGAACAGCGCCGCAAUUUAUGCCUCGACCAACACCGGAACUCCCAGUACUCCCAAUAACACAUAUAUUGGGACUGCCCACACCCCGCAGCACCCUUUCCAAACCCCAGGCAGCAACUAUCACACUGCUAAGUCAUGA